ACCCGCCUGCUCUUUCCACCGUGUUUCGUUUUCCUUCCCUUCCAUUAACCACCCCUUCAACUUCUCUCCCCAUUCCAAACCCUAACCCUCGCUCUCGCCCAUCACGAAAAGAUAACUUUCGAAAUCCCAAAGCCUACCCAUGGCCGCUCAGUCGGUCAGCAAUCUUUACGAGACGGCAUCUCAGCCGGACACGGGCGGCGAUGCCUACACCUUUCUGGAAUUCAACACGCAGGGAGACGACUACGACUACCCUGAGUUCCAAGAGCUGUCGCAGCCGAGCAGGUCUCCUACGUGGCGGGCACCGGUUGCGGAAGCCCGGGCGGAUUCUUCAAACGCCGUUCUCCACUCCGCUGAUCCGAGCGGGUCUAAUCCUGCUUCAUCCUCCGCGGGAUCGUCUUCGUUCAGCAAGGCGAAGGCAGCAGCUGCUUCGUCAGCCGUGGAUUCACUGGCGGUGGGAAUGAGCGGCCUCAACUUUGAAGAGACAGGCGAGGAUGAGAGCUACGCGUUUGGGAAAGGGGAUUUCACCGAGCACGCGUGCAGGUACUGUGGGGUACAAAAUCCAGCUUGUGUUGUUAGGUGCAAUAUUCCAUCCUGCCGGAAAUGGUUCUGCAACUCGAGGGGGAACACGUCUGGAUCUCACAUCGUUAAUCAUUUGGUAAGAGCAAAACAUAAGGAAGUUUGUCUUCAUAAGGACAGUCCAUUAGGAGAGACGAUACUUGAGUGCUAUAAUUGUGGCUGUCGCAAUGUUUUCCUACUUGGAUUUAUUUCUGCAAAAACAGAGAGUGUUGUUGUUCUGCUGUGUAGAGAACCUUGUCUCAGCGUGAAUGCACUGAAAGACAUGAAUUGGGAUCUCAGUCAAUGGUGUCCUCUGAUUGAUGAUAGGUGUUUUCUUCCAUGGUUGGUUAAGGUUCCUUCUGAGCAGGAGCAGCUCAGGGCACGACAGGUUACGGCUCAGCAAAUUAACAAGGUGGAGGAGCUUUGGAAGACAAACCCUGAUGCUUCCUUAGAAGAUCUUGAGAAACCUGGAGUAGAUGAUGAGCCUCAGCCCGUAGCUUUGAAGUAUGAAGAUGCAUACCAGUACCAAAAUGUAUUCGCUCCGCUAAUUAAGUUGGAAGCUGAUUAUGAUAAGAUGAUGAAGGAGUCUCAGAGUAAAGAUAAUGCAACAAUCAGAUGGGAUGUUGGCCUUAAUAAGAAGCGAAUAGCUUAUUUUGUCUUUCCCAAGGAAGACAAUGAACUAAGACUUGUUCCUGGGGAUGAGUUAAGAUUGCGGUAUUCUGGCGAUGCAGCUCAUCCUGCAUGGCAAUCCGUUGGACAUGUUAUCAAGCUUACUGCUCAGGAGGAGGUUGCGCUUGAACUGCGCGCUAGUCAGGGAGUUCCAAUUGAUUUGAAUCAUGGAUUUAGUGUUGAUUUUGUCUGGAAGAGUACAAGCUUUGAUAGAAUGCAAGGGGCUAUGAAAACCUUUGCUGUUGAUGAAACGAGUGUUAGUGGAUAUAUAUAUCAUCACCUUCUUGGGCAUGAAGUUGAACUUCAAGUAGUCCGUAAUACUCUACCUCGCCGUUUUGGUGCUCCAGGCCUCCCAGAGUUGAACGCCUCUCAGGUUUUUGCUGUUAAGAGUGUUCUUCAAAAACCAAUUAGCUUAAUACAAGGUCCGCCUGGAACGGGAAAAACGGUUACAUCUGCAGCAAUUGUGUACCACAUGGCUAAGCAAGGUCAAGGGCAGGUCCUUGUCUGUGCUCCAAGUAAUGUUGCUGUUGACCAACUAGCCGAGAAGAUAAGUUCAACUGGAUUAAAGGUUGUAAGGCUCUGUGCUAAAUCAAGAGAGGCCGUUAGCUCUCCGGUUGAGCAUCUAACGCUUCAUUAUCAGGUCCGUCAUCUGGAUGCAUCUGAAAAAAGUGAACUUCAGAAGCUUCAACUAUUGAAGGAUGAACAAGGUGAAUUGUCAAGUAGCGACGAAAAGAAGUUUAAAGCAUUGAAGCGUGCCACAGAAAGAGAGAUACUUCAGAGUGCUGAUGUUAUUUGUUGCACUUGUGUUGGUGCCGGUGAUCCUCGAUUGUCAAACUUCCGUUUCCGGCAGGUUCUUAUUGAUGAAUCUACGCAGGCAACCGAACCGGAAUGUUUAAUACCUUUAGUUCUUGGAGUCAAGCAGGUUGUUCUUGUUGGAGACCAUUGCCAGCUUGGUCCUGUUAUUAUGUGUAAGAAAGCAGCUCGUGCUGGGCUAGCACAAUCUCUGUUUGAGCGUCUUGUACUUCUUGGACAUAAGCCGUUCAGAUUGCAGGUUCAGUACCGCAUGCAUCCAUCUCUAUCAGAGUUUCCCUCUAAUAGCUUUUAUGAGGGCACCCUUCAAAAUGGAGUAACAAUAAAUGAAAGACAAUCAACUGGCAUUGACUUCCCUUGGCCUGUCCCUAACCGUCCCAUGUUUUUUUAUGUGCAGAUGGGACAAGAAGAGAUAAGUGCAAGUGGGACUUCUUAUCUAAAUAGAACAGAAGCUGCAAAUGUGGAGAAAAUUGUUACCACAUUUUUGCGAAGUGGCGUUGUACCUUCUCAGAUUGGAGUUAUUACACCAUAUGAAGGUCAAAGAGCAUAUAUUGUGAAUUAUAUGUCAAGGAACGGGUCCCUCAGGCAACAACUCUAUAAAGAAAUCGAGGUUGCAAGUGUUGACUCAUUCCAAGGUAGAGAAAAGGAUUACAUCAUCUUGUCUUGUGUGAGGAGCAAUGAACAUCAGGGUAUUGGUUUUCUUAAUGACCCACGUAGACUGAAUGUGGCACUGACUCGAGCUCGCUAUGGCAUUGUUAUAUUGGGAAAUCCCAAGGUUCUUAGUAAACAGCCACUAUGGAAUUGUUUGCUGACACAUUACAAGGAACGGGAGUGUCUUGUAGAAGGUCCUCUUAAUAAUCUGAAACAGAGCAUGGUUCAAUUUCAGAAGCCAAAGAAGAUCUACAGUGACCGCAGGCUUUUCUUUGGAGCUGGUCCGGGUCUUGUGGCUGGUGAUAAUUUUGCUCCCGUUAGUUCACCAAGCCCGAAUACUGACAAGAGGGGUGGACGGAUGAAAGGCAAUUCUUACGUUCCAUUUGCACCACCAAAUGGUCCACUUAAACCAGGAGUCCACCCGGUGGGAUAUCCUUUGUCCCGAAUUCCUCUUCCACCUUUUCCUGGAGGCCCCCAUUCUCAGCCAUAUGCUAUCCCAACUCGUGGAGCUGUCCAUGGACCAAUUGGAGCCAUGCCUCAUGUACCACAGACUGGGAAUAGAGGGUUUGGAGCUGUUCGUGGCAAUGCUGGUGGUCCUAUUGGAGGCCAUCUAUCGCAUCAGCAUAACUCGCAGCAAGCUUUGAGUAGCUUUGGGUCUGGAUUUAAUUUUCCUGCAGUGGACAAUCUGAAUAGCCAGCCUUCCAUUGGCACCCCAUUGUCUCAAACAGGAAUAAUGACACAGGCACCGGUUCAAGGUCUUAGCCAAACUUUUCGUGAUGGAUUUUCAAUUGGUGGCAUGUCUCAGGAUUAUGGCGAUGACUUCAAAAGCCAAGGUUCACACGUUGCAUAUAAUGUUGCAGACUUCUCUACUCAGGUUUCUCAAAGCGGAUAUGGUCUUGAAUAUGCUUCUCAAGGCCCUCAAGCUGGAUUCCCAAGCUACUUGAAUCAGAAUACCCAACAAGGAUUUACUCAUAUUGGCACAGGAAAUGGUUUCAUCUCUCAGGAUUACAUGCAGCAUGGAUCUCAAGGACUAUUUACACAGGCUGGUUUCAAUAAUCCUUCUCAAGACGAGUCUCUUCAAAGCCAUUUUGGCGGACCUGGUCCACUACAGUCGCAGGGCCUCUUGAAUCCAAUUUAUUCCCAACCUUUCACCCAAUACAAUGCCCAGCCUUUAAACAUGCAGCAACCUUCACAACAACAGAAUCAGAGCUCAGCUACCCAAAAACUUCACUAUAAUGGCUGAUCCAAUCUAUAAUCUCAUGGUUCCCGUGGGGUUAAAAUUCUCCCUAUGAGCAAAAUAUGAUUUUUGCAAAAUUUUUGCCAUUCUUGGCUCAUGAAAGGUACAGAAGUUUGGGGCCGGCUUGCUUCUCCAUUAUACACAUAUCGGACCCCCCAAUAGAACCUGAUUGGGGUUUUCAGUAGAGAAAAAUUUUGGUUUUCGCAACGGCAACCAACCUCCUGCACGGCCAGAGUCAAAGAAAGGUAUCUAUCCAUUUAUCUUUCCUAAUUACAAUUUUAACUAUUUGGGGA